UUACGGGCGAAAUGUGGAUACAUAAGUAGUUGUUGUUGAAUAAAAUAACGCUAAAUAAAUGUGCGUUUAAAUUUCAAUUUGAAUUUGUGACAGUGUGGUUGUGAUUGCGAACCUCGACGGAACUGUUUUGAGGUUUUUUUUUCUCGCCAGUCUCGAUUUAAAAUAAAACGCAAAAGUCCAAACCAUAAUAAAAGCCUGCCAUGAGCCGCCUUUUGGAGAAACCCAACAUUGCUGUGUCCAUAACGUCAACGGGUAGUCAAUUAUCAAGUACAGUGGGCAUCGCGUCAAGUAAUAGCACGACGGCAACAGAGCCAGGAAAAGAAACGUCCACGGUGGAGGACGAGGAUGAGCGAAACGCACUUACGUCAGAGGCAGCCGUUCAAAUGACGAGUAGCGCCAAAACCACAGUGGUCCGAGACAAAAUCGACGAGGUGCUGAUCAGCUUAAUAGCAGGUGCAGCAGCGGGAGCCUUAGCCAAGACCACAAUCGCUCCGCUGGAUCGUACAAAAAUCAACUUUCAAAUACGCAAGGAUGUGCCAUUUUCCUUUCGAGCGUCUCUCCACUACCUAAAAAACACCUAUUCUAAUGAGGGUGUCUUAGCUCUUUGGCGUGGAAACUCGGCGACUAUGGCACGCAUUGUGCCUUAUGCAGCGAUACAGUUCACUUCUCAUGAGCAAUGGCGACGGAUUCUGCAAGUGGAUCGAGACGGCACGGACACAAAAGUUCGACGCUUUGUGGCUGGAUCGCUGGCAGGUAUUACGUCUCAGUCCCUUACUUAUCCUCUAGACCUGGCACGUGCACGAAUGGCUGUCACAGACAAGUAUACGGGCUACCGAACUUUGCGCCAGGUGUUCGCAAAGAUUUGGGUUGACGAGGGGCCUCGUACGCUAUAUCGUGGCUAUUGGGCCACAGUAUUGGGUGUGAUACCAUAUGCAGGCACUUCUUUCUUUACCUACGAAACGCUCAAACGAGAAUAUCACGAAAUGGUCGGUAAUACGAAACCAAAUACUCUAGUCUCGUUGGCUUUUGGUGCUGCGGCAGGAGCUGCUGGUCAAACCGCGAGCUAUCCUUUAGAUAUUGUGCGUCGUCGCAUGCAAACGAUCCGAGUUAAUACUAUGGCCAAUGAGCGAUGCCCCACCAUACUUGAAACGCUCAUGAAAAUAUACCGUGAGGAAGGCAUUAAGAACGGCUUCUACAAAGGUCUAAGCAUGAAUUGGAUUAAAGGUCCUAUUGCCGUGGGUAUUAGCUUCUCCACAUAUGAUCUGAUUAAAGAGCUGCUUAGAGAACUAUUUCACCUGAAACGGGGGCGGCUGGAUCGCUAGCGAUACCCUUUUACCAAUUUCCUAACACAAGCACACCAAAAACGCACUGACUUAUUUUUCUUUCAUAAGACUCGGAUGGCAUAAGUGCGAAAACUUUGUUUUAGAUUUAUUAGAUUUGUAUUCUGAGUUAUAGUAGUGGGAAAAACAUACCAACGCUUAAAUUUGUUAUUAACAGAAAUUGAUUAAUUAUGUGUUCUAAGUUUAAAGUUUAGCGAAUAUAUAAACAAUAAAAUUGUACAAAGUUUGUUCAUUUGAUUUUCUGUUA